AUGACCAUGAGCAUCACCAGAUCUUUGACACAAGAUUGGUCUUUCACCCAAGUAGGCGGCGGACGUGGUACGAAGAAUGGCGAAUGGUUGGCGGUAUCACAGUUCCCAACCACGGUACACGUCGAACUUCUGAAGGCAGAGCGCAUUCCAGAUCCAUUUCUGGGUCUCAAUGAAUGGGAGGUUCAAUGGGUUGGAGAGUCCGACUGGACUUUCAAGAAUACCUUUGAAGUUUCUGCGAAAGAACUUGCGGCCGUCAAUGUUGACCUCAUGUUCGACGGUCUUGAUACGUUCGCAAGCGUGGAGUUUAAUGGGCAUAGAAUUUUGGACACGGAAAAUCAGUUUAUCGCAUACAGAGCACCUGUAAAGCAAUACUUGAAACUGGGUGCCAAUGAGCUCGUUAUAUGCUUCUCGAGUGCGUUCCUGAAAGGGAGGGAACUGGAGCAGGCUCACGGGAAGUUGCAUCUUUGGAAUGGCGAUUCCAGUCGUUUACAUGUACGCAAGGCACAAUACAAUUAUGGUUGGGACUGGGGGCCAGUUUUAAUGACCAUUGGCCCUUGGAAACCUAUCACUCUUCACACGUACAACGUUCACCUCACGGAUGUUGACGUCAGAAGUGAUGUGUCGGAGGCUCUGGACGUAGGAGUCACUGUUACCUUGACGCUGUCUGAGAAGGCUCCCGGCGGGUUGGCAUCUGUGGUGCUGAAAAAUGCACAGAAUUCUGUGAUCCUUGCAGAGAGUAAUAUAAAAGUCGAUUCUGGGAGUGCCCGCGCUGAGUUCCGCUUCUCGCCCGGAGUGCUCGAAUUGUGGUAUCCAGUUGGAUUUGGCAAGCAACCUCUGUAUACAGUCGAGGUAACCAUUUCGGACUCGGAAGGAAACACUCUGGACGCGAAAACUCAGAGGGUAUCGUUCCGUCGUGUUCGAGUUGUCCAGGAGCCUCUUGUUGAUCAGGAAGGUCUCACUUUCUUGUUCGAAGUCAACAACAUCAGAAUUUUUUGUGGUGGCUCUAACUGGAUUCCUGCCGACUCUUUCCUUACUACCCUUACUCCGGGAAGGUAUCGUGUAUGGCUUCAACUGCUCGUGGAUGGUAAUCAGAACAUGAUCCGUGUCUGGGGAGGGGGCAUCUAUGAGUACGAUAUUUUUUACGAUAUUUGCGAUGUUCUUGUCUGGCAAGACUUUAUGUUUGGUUGCGGUCAAUAUCCGGCAUAUGAUUCUUUCCUGAGGCUCGUCGAACUUGAAGCGGAACAAAACGUCAAGCGAUUGAGGCACCACCCAUCUAUUGUUAUAUUUGCCGGAAACAACGAGGAUUACCAACUUGCAGAGUCAAUAAAUAUCGUGGAUUACUCUGAUGAAACUUCGGACUUCCGAAAAACAAAGUUCCCUGCUCGGCACAUAUAUGAGCGGACACUACCAUCCAUCGUUCAAAAAUUCUGCGAUAUUUACUACCACCGCAGUUCUCCCUACAGUGCCCCGGGUACAGUGACCACAGAUCAAACACUCGGGGACCUUCACCAGUGGAAUGUAUGGCAUGGGUCUCAAGAGCCGUGGCACAAUUGGGAUUUACUCGCUGGUCGCUUCGUAUCUGAGUUCGGAAUGGAGGGAUACCCAAACAUUCGCACAGUUGAUUAUUGGCUUGCUGGCGACAAGUCAGAGCGAUAUCCUCAAUCUCGCGUCAACAACAACCAUAACAAGGCCGAUGGCUUCGAACGCCGGCUGGAACUUUACCUCGUGGAAAACUUCAAGCAUGCGUUCGACAUGGAGAGUUAUGUGUAUUAUACACAAAUCAUGCAAGCUGAGACGCUUGCAUCUGCUUACCGACUCUGGCGCAGAAACUGGCGUGGAAAGGGUCGGGAGCACACCGCUGGUGCUCUCGUAUGGCAGAUCAAUGACUGUUGGCCGACCACAUCGUGGGCCAUCGUCGAUUACUUUAUACGUCCCAAACCAGCGUAUUUCGCUAUUUCACGCGAAUUGCGUCAGUACACGGUCGGGAUGACGCGCAAGGAAAAGAAAACAUUUGCAAAUGAUUUAUCAGCCGCUCAGUUCACAAUUACAACAGUUCUUGAGGUCUGGGGCACGAACAGCACUCUAUCAAAGAAGAAGGCCAAACUCGAAGUCACUUGCUUCGACCUUCGCUCCUCCUGGACGGAGCAGUUCUCCAAGGAUAUUGUGCUCGCUCCAAAUUCCAGCACUGAACUGUACUCGGGUGACCUUCCCGGUCAACCAGUGCGCACAAAGAAGAGCGAAGUUCCUCGUGCGAUCAUCAUCUCAGCACGUCUCCUCGACGCAUCUGGAAUUGUCCUCGGCAGGCAUUCCAAUUGGCCGGAACCUUUUAAAUUCAUCAACUUUCCUGCCAUCAAAGAUCUGGGGUUUUCUGUCAAAACCGGGAGCGACGGCGAAUCCGUCGAACUCUCUACUCAAAAACCUAUAAAAGGAAUUAUUCUAGAUGCUGAAGGCGAGGAUGUGAAGUGGAGCGACCAGGCCAUCGAUCUGGUUCCAGGAGAUCCCCAGAUUGUGAAGGCCGUUGGGUUGAAGGGUAGAGAUGUGAAGGUCCGCUUCCUUGGCGAUGGCACGGCGUAA